AUGCUGCUCCUCGCCCUUCUCCUGCUCCUGGAGCUGAGCCUGGCAGGCUCCCUGGGACCCGGAAGCUCUGCUCAGAACCUCCCGGAGAAUCAUAUCGACCUCUCGGGACCAGCACUGUGGACGCCUCAGGCCAGCCACCACCGUCGGCGGGGCCUGGGCAAGAAGGAGCGGGGCCCAGGCACACCUGGCUGGACCCAGGAUGGGGCUGUGGUCACUUCCACCAGGCAGGCCUCCAGGCUCCCAGGGGCAGAGGGACUGCUGCAUGGGCCGAGUCCUGCAGGCCUGCUGCAAGACAAAGGUCUGCUCCGGGGGCUGACUCGGCCCUACCCCGAGAAGGAGAGCCGGGCUCCAGGGUCAGAGAGGGUGAAGAAACGAGGCAGGGAGCACAAGAGACGGAAGGAGAGGUUGAGGCUGCAUAGAGGCCGAGCCUUGGUCAGAGGCCCCAGCUCCCUGAUGAAGAAGGCGGAGCUCUCAGAAGACCAGUCCCCGGAUGCUUUGAUGGAGGAAUCCUCCACCAGCCUGGCCCCCACCAUACUCUACCUCACCACCUUUGAGGCACCUGCCACCGAAGAGUCACUGAUCCUGCCCGUCACAUCCCUGUGGCCCCAGGCUCACCCCAGGCCUGACGGGGAGGUGAUGCCUACACUGGACAUGGCCUUGUUCGACUGGACUGACUAUGAAGACUUAAAGCCUGAGGUCUGGCCAUCCACAAAGAAGAAAGAGAAACACCGUGGCAAACUCUCCAGUGAUGGGAACGAAACAUCACCAGCUAAAGGGGAGCCCUGCGACCAUCACCAGGACUGCCUGCCAGGGACCUGCUGCGACCUCCGGGAGCAUCUCUGCACGCCCCACAACCGAGGCCUGAACAACAAAUGCUUUGACGACUGCAUGUGCGUGGAAGGGCUGCGCUGCUACGCCAAAUUCCACCGGAACAGCAGGGUCACCCGGAGAAAGGGGCGCUGCGUGGAGCCCGAAACGGCCAACGGCGACCAGGGGUCUUUCAUCAACGUUUAG